CUUCAACAUACGAAUAGCCGACAACAUGUGGAAGUGUGCAUUACUGCUGUCUGUCUGUUAUCUGGGCCUGGCUGCGGCUCAGGAAUUAUCUGAAGACGUCAAUCCAUCUCAUUAUCCACAUGCUUGUGGUGAAAAUGAAUACUUCGAAAAAUGCACACAUGAAUGUCCACCAGAGAAGACCUGUCAAACUCGUUUGAUUACAGUAUAUUGUCCAGCUGUUGUGAUGCCUUGUAUCCCGAAGUGCGUUUGUAAGCCGGGUUACUACAGGAACGGUCCAGGCGGCCCGUGCAUAUCAGAAGAAGAAUGUGGACCAGCUUGUUAUGAAGGCGAGGAGUACAAAGAAUGCAAAAAUCCUUGUGUGGACGAGAGCUGUGACGCAAUGGGAAGUCUGAUACCAGGUUGUAAAAGCCCUGAGAAAUGCGAACCAGGCUGUGCUUGCCGAGAAGGAUUCUACAGGCGGUAUAACUUCUUAUGCGUUCCCAAAUGCUACUGUCCUGCUUUAAAGAAUACACCUGAAUGUAGAAAUUAAGCGAUAUGUGACGUGGAAGCUUUGUAACAAAAUAUUUACAAAACUGUUUUCUAAAACAUGUGUCUAUUUCAUGUGUCAAUAUUAAAAUUUGAAAGCUUGUAGCAACUUGAAUUUGUAUUACUUUAAUGUUUGGUCUCGGAAAUUCCUUUAACGUGUUGGUCUUAUAGCCA